AAUGGGGGAAAGUGGAAGUUUUGGUGAGGUUUCUGUCAGAGACAGGUAAAAGGUGAAGAGCGGGAAUAGAACAAGGAGAAAAGAAAAAGAGGCUGCCGGGAGCAGAAGGCCACCGGCGACGAAAGCGAUGGCAUAUGAGAGAGUGGUGAGAGGGAAGGAGGAGGCUGCUGGAUUUUGUUGAAGUGCUAGUUCGGGAAACAACACCCUCUCGGUGGGAAGAGGAAAACAAAAAUAAAGGAUAAGGAUGAAAGAAGGAGGUAGGCUCGGCUGCUAACCUAACUGAGGCCUACCCUGGUAGACCAAAUCGUCGGGGCUCCCACUAACCCAACACGCUUGAUCAACUACAAAACCCAAAUUUAGCCCAAAAAAUGUUUUUUUCUUUUGUGAGGUAUAAAUCCCAGCCCAGUAUGUUUUUGUCCAUAUAUUUAUUAUGAUCAUUAUGUUAGUGGAUUAGAUUAGUAAAUUUCUUUAAUUUAAUGAAUAAAAUAAUAAACUAUAGAUAAUUAUUUGGAUAAUUUCCAAAGACAUGUUAUUUUUAAGAAAGUUGUCGGUAUUAAAUUUUUAAAAAUUUUCAAUUAAAGAUUAAAUGAUUUUGAUUUAUUAGACUAGAAAAUAACAAUAAUAUAAAAAGAGAAAAGACAAGAACACAACAAUUAAGAGGAAUUGGACCGUAAAAGUCGGUCGGACUAAAGAAAGAGUGUGUUUGUCUGAAUAAGAACCAAAAUGGAAAUGGUGGUAGAAGGUGAAAGACAUGGUGAAGAAGGUCGAAGCCCACCGCCACCAACACCAACAGCAUCUGCUUAUCAUGACAAGCAAGAUGAGAGUAAGAGCCCUGCCAACUACAGCCAAAGUCUGUCGGAAAGAAAGAUGAAAGACAUAUGCCUUAGGUGUCAAAAGCAAGGUCAUUGGGCACGGGAUUGCCCUACCCGGACCCCAACAAAAGCUUCAUCAUCCCAACCCUUCCCUCCAGAGGACAUCCAUCAUUUGCCCCUGCUGCGUUGCCAUUGCGGAGUGGCUUGCACCAUUGGUGUUUCCCGCAGCGAGGCCAAUCCAGGCAGAAGGUAUUAUACUCGUAAUUGCAGCUGCGAUAAUGUCAAGGCAACCCAGGGCAAAAAGUUUUUCCAAUGGUGCGAUAAUGUCAAGGCACUUAUGUGCAAGUGCGGUGCUGGAGCCUGCACCAUCAACAUCCAGAGAGACGACAACGGGAAGGAUAUUAAGUACUAUACUUGCCGUAUUAGAAAGGGACAUGGAUCCUGUGGUUUCUUGCAGUUUGACAGUCCAAAUUCUCAGACCGUUCCAAGGUCUAUGGAGAAAGAUAAACAACCAUCAGUAUUGAGUGCAAAGCAUGGUGUGCCACCAAAUAUUCUGACUCAUGAGAAUGAAUAUCCCUUCCCUAGUUUCUCUGACAGAAACAUAGUUGUUCCUGAACAGGAGAGAUGCAAUCUUGUGAUGGGGAUUAGACAGCAUGUUUCCCUUCUAAUGUCUCCUUCUGAUAUUCAUUUCCGCCAAAUAGAGUUUUGGAAUCAGAUAUCUCUUGCUGGGAAUUCAGCAAAUGAAUGUAAAGUUCCUCACAUUUUCGGUCUCCAUGUCCAUGGUUGGAUGGGUAGGCUUCUUUUUCCUCCUCCUCGGAUCUUAGCAGAUCCUCCUCUUAGGCUUUUUUUUUGCUGUAUAUUCCCUUUGUUUGAUCCAUUAUUAGCUUCUGAAUAUGUGAAUAUAUCAGAUAGGGGAAGUUCAAGUAUAGUGCCCCAUACUUCCUCAGAUGCCAAAGUUGAUGAAGUAUCACAAAAUGCUCUCGGAAAUGAUAUUCAACUGCUGGGUGUUCCUUUGGGAACUUCAAGCCCCAAAAGAUCGUUCACUGCUGUGCAGGAAGAUGUAACAAAUCCAAUCUUGAAGGAAAUUGAAAAGAAGCUUCAGAUACACCUUCCGACACUUUUGGAGUCAAUGGAGCCCCCUGAUCAUGAUACCAUGCUAAAGGCAGCAAAUGGUACUUUUGAUGCUUUGGCUUAUCUGUCAAUUGAAUGUGGACCUUUCGCUGAGCACAUGAUGGAAUUUAUUCAGCGUAAAUCAAGAGUUGCACAAAUGGAUUCAACUGUCCAAGAUAACAGCAAUCUACAAGAGCUAACCAUUCAUAAAAAUAUUGAGAAAUGUCUAGAUGAUGUAUCUGGCAUCCAUGCAGAAGCAUUAGCCACCUUAACAGCCUCUAGUAAUUAUCUUCAGUCAGCCCAUAAAGAGGCUUGUCAUCUUAAGGACAUGCUUUGCCAGAUUGAGAACCAAUUGCAUCGCUGUGUGACAGAGACUUCAAAGCUGGAGACACUUCUUCUAGAUAUUGCCAAGGAUGUGGGGCAGUCAAAGAGAAGCAUGCAGACCGCGUAUCGAGAGCUAACAAAAGCCUUGAAACUUCAGAAGGACUAAGAGCAAUGCAUGGCAAAUACAGCAUUAGAGGAGGUUAGAUCUAAGGAAACGACAGAAGAUAGUAAGGAGCUACUUGAAUGAAGCAUAGUGAUGUCUGGCAAUAAGAAAAGCACAGCAGAAAGCUAGGGCCUCUGUAGAUUAGAGGAAAGAUGUAGAGAUGCAUUUAAUGUAGACUGCUAUUAUAUUUUGCUAGCAGAACUUGUGUGUACAACCGUGUAUGUGGGGAUUGAAGUGGAUCUUUAUGUGAGACUGUAUCUCUGUGUAUUUACGGAUCUACGAAUGUAUUAUGUAUUAUGUAUGUAUGUUGAAUCUUUCCUAGUCUAAACUUUAAAGGGAAGUGAAUCAUUUCAAGGAGCUGAGGUGACUGGUGCUGCAAAUCCCAAAAUCCGUUUUCUCUAAUGAGGGAACGGAAAUUAAAUUCAAUUAUAUUUGAUAUGGCGUUGUUAACUACAUAGCACAUAUAUUCAUUGCCUGAGGAGCUAUUCUGUUGGUUGUGACUUGAUCCUAAUAUAGCUGAAGAAAUAAAAUAACAUAUUAGUGGAGACUCGGAACAAAUAGCAAGAACUAGACUGAUAGAAAAUCUACAAAAAAUGAAAAUUU